CGGUGGCGGGUGGCACUGGCGGCUAGAGGGAGGGUGGGAGAGGGAAGGGAAGGCUAGAUACCAUGUUGGAGAGAAUAAUUGCCUUGUAUUCCUCCGAACCCUAGAAAGGUGGGAUAUAUAGAUCCUAUAUAUGGGCAUCUAGAUGGGCCUCUAUACAUGGGCUCACAUAUACACCAACACAUAUAACUUGAAAAUGCGAGAUACAGAGUGCAUUAUAUAUAUAUUUCAUAUAUGUAGAAAUAUAUAGGUUGAUAAAGACUCCUUAAUGAUAGUAUGAGAUUCAAGGAAAAUGCUAUUACGUGAUUCGAGGUGGGUUUUCUCCAGCGCACAGAUGUCUGAAAACUUAUUUUGUAUUAAAAUGUGUUUUUACUUUUCUUGGAAAAUGAGAAGUUAACUAGAUACUUCUGUACCCUUUUGUACUUGAAAUGUAAAUAUAAUUUUAACACGUUGCAUCCUUCACAUCAAGCUUCCUGCAACAUUCUCGAUAGUCUGUAGAUAUACAGGAAACUUAAUGCUAUCCUUUUUUAAUCCUAUUUAAAUCGAUAAUAUGUUCUCCUAUGGCCAAGAAACUACUCCCCCCAUUCCAAAUUAUAGGUCAUUUUGGAUUUUUUAGAUACAUAGUAUUUCUUAGGUAUCUAGGCAUUGUGUAUAUCUAGGUGUAUAGCAAAUACUAUGUAUCUAGAAAAGCCAAAACAACCUAUAAUUUUGAACGGAGGGAGUAUCUGUUACUGCUAGAAAUGGUUGUAAUAACUAUAAACUCCUGCCGGUAUAGUUGCAAUCAUCUCAUUUUUGGAGCUGCUGGGAAUAGCAUGGCUUCUUAUGACACUCCAGCCAAUCUUUUAGAUCUUGAUCCUCACAUAGCAGCACUCUUUCCAGAGAGAAGACAACUUGUAGGCAUUGAACCACGUCAGGAAAAUCUUGUGCAGUGGUUGAUGGAGGAAAAUUUGCAACAAUUGCGGGUCGUAUCUAUAUUCGGUUUUGGUGGUUUGGGAAAGACAACACUUGCUAUGACAAUAUACCAAAGUCUAUGUGCAGAAGGUGGAUGUUUCCAAUGUCAAGCUUUUGUAACUGUAUCUCAGAGGUUUGAUGUCAAGAUCCUGAUGAGAGACAUUCUUCUACAAAUUAUGCAGCCAGUUUAUCAAAACAGUUCUCAUGCGCUGGCCGGAGCUGGUCAAGCAUUCCCGGAAGACCUUCUCAGGGCCAUGGAAACAUGGGAUGUGGGGCAACUUGCAAGCAUGCUGAGGCAGCAAUUGGAAAACAGGAGAUAUCUAAUUGUUCUUGAUGAUAUUUGGAGCAUAGCUGCAUGGGAAGGUAUUCGGUUUUCUCUGCCGGACUCAAAUAAUGGUAGCAGAAUACUAGUUACUACACCAAUACGAGCUGUAGCACACACUUGUUGUUUCCAUGAGCAUGACCGAGCUUACGAAAUUGAACCUCUCACUGACCAUGAAUCUAGAGAUUUGUUUUUGAAAAGGAUAUUUGGCAGUACAGCUAAUUGUCCAGAUAACUUAAUGGAAAUUUCAGAAAAGAUCUUGGGAAAAUGUGGGGGCACACCAUUAGCUAUAGUCAGCAUAGCAGGCCUCUUGUCCAGCAAGCCAGUACACAGUAAAGAUCAGUGGCAGAAAAAUUCUCUCUCUUGGUUCGGAGCUUGAAUCUAAUCCGUCACUCGAGAGAUUGAAGAAAAUACUUGAGCUAAGCUAUAAUGAUCUUCCUUACCACUUGAAGAC